AUUGAAAAAUCUGAAAAUAUUGUACGAUGCAUCAAAGUCAAUCUCUCGGCUAAUAUGAAUGUUUCGUUAAUUUAUUAACGAGAAAUUAAAAUAUGUUUACAUUGUUCAUUUUUCUGGUCUUAUUUUAUAGUAAUAUCUUUAAUUAAUUAAUUAUGACUAGGGACGCUCACCACUUCUCUUGUUUAGCCGCCAUGUCUGAAGUUCGUCGUAUCUUCGGAGUUCGUGCUGUGCUAUUCUUUAAUGUUUAUAGAUUGCAGUGGUUAUAGUUCUCGAAAAACAAUGAAUUUACAAAGAUUUGAGAUAACUAUGGUGUAGUUUUUUGUGUGGAGUUGAUGCAAAGUUCCUGCACAUCGAUACUAUUUGCAUUUGAAGAAGUUACUCAAACAUCGUAUUUUUAGUUCAUCCGCCAUAUUGGCGUUAAUAUUUCUUCGUACAAAAAUACUACUGGACAGUAGCUUGAGACAAUUGGUGCUUCAACAACCAUUUCCACUCUUAUCUGCACACUCAUGCAAGGUAGGAUAUUUAGUUUUCAAUGAAUGAGAUGAGAUGCUUCUAGGUGCACAGGCACCAACAUAUUUUUAUUAUGAUAGAAUGGUUUAAUGUAAUAAGAGGGUAUAGCUGAUGCCUCUUAGUCAGAAAUUGGAUGAGCCCCUUGUUACAAUUGAGGUAGAUUGCUGACUCCAGCACAAUGCAGCAGGCCGUCGAUCCUCUCGCGACUACCAGCACGCCGACAGCGGAGCCCGUCAAUGGCACUCCGCCCGACGAGGCAUCGCGUCGGCAGGGCCGGAUGACGAAUCAGUUGCAAUUUUUGCAAAAGAACGUCAUGAAAGCUGUUUGGAAGCAUCAGUUCGCCUGGCCUUUCCACCAACCUGUGGACGCGAAGAAAUUGAACCUCCCUGAUUAUCACAAAAUCAUCAAAAAACCGAUGGAUCUUGGGACGAUUAAGAAACGGCUGGAGUCCAACUACUAUUACUCUGCACAAGAAUGCAUCCAAGAUUUCAACACGAUGUUCACAAACUGCUAUGUAUAUAACAAGCCUGGUGAGGAUGUGGUCGUCAUGGCGCAGACUUUGGAGAAACUGUUCCUCAAUCGAAUAGCUCAAAUGGACAAGGAGGAGAAGGAGAUUGAAGUACCGUCGAAGGCUGGCAAGGGCGUGGCGAAAAAACGCGGAUCAAGCGCGGGCGGGGGCGGCGGUGGCGGUGCAGGCGGCGGAGGCGGUGCCGGUGGCGGUGCUGGCGGCGCGGCCGUCAGUGCGGGCGCGGCGGUGGGCGCGCGCGCCACGCUCAAGGCGCCCGCCGCGCCGCCGCACCCCGCGCUCGUGGGUUCCACCAAUACUACCACGGCGCCCGCGCUCGCCGCGCCGCAGCCAGCGCCGCCCGCCACGCACACCGGCUUGCCGCAGCAGGUGGCGACGCAACCGUCGAGUUUUCACGUGGCACAGCCCGCUGCGCCGCCGGUGUCGGCGAUCCCGGCCGUUACUCUAUCGCAGACGCAGCCCGCUAAGGUUAAGAAGGGAGUGAAAAGAAAAGCGGAUACGACCACGCCUAUGGGCAGCUCUUUUGAAGGAGGUUACACCACUCCAACGAUUGAUCAGCAAAGUGGUCCUAAACCCGCUAAAAUAUCUACAAGAAGAGAAAGUGGGCGUCAAAAGAAGGCAAAUAGAACAGGAGAUGAUGGCUUCAAAAUGGGCGGAAUAUCUCCGGGCGUAGGAGUCGCUGGUACCUCGCAUCACUCAGUUAUGACUCCACAAUUAGCAAAGAGUAAGGAAAAACUCUCGGAUGCGCUGAAGAGCUGUAAUGAAAUUUUAAAAGAACUGUUUUCAAAGAAACACUCAUCUUCAUUCCAGGGUUAUGCAUGGCCAUUUUACAAACCGGUGGAUGCCGAAUUGCUUGGUCUACAUGAUUAUUUUGAUAUUAUUAAAAAACCUAUGGAUCUUGGUACUGUUAAACAAAAAAUGGAUAGCAGAGCCUACAAAACAGCAGCGGAAUUUGCUGCUGAUGUGCGUCUUAUAUUUACAAAUUGCUACAAAUAUAAUCCACCUGAUCACGAUGUUGUUGCUAUGGCGCGAAAAUUGCAGGACGUUUUUGAAAUGAGAUAUGCGAAAAUCCCUGAUGAACCGGUACAUGUAGCAGUACAUAUGGAAAAGGGAAGCUCAGCAUCAAGUUCAGAGUCUGGCUCUGAAUCUGACUCGGAAUCUGAUGAUUCCGAAGAAGAGAGGAAUAAUAAAGUAAAAUUAUUAGAAAAAGAACUUCUUGCACUCCAAGAGAAAAUGAGAAAACUCGUCGAAGAGUCCAAUAAUAAGAAGAAAGCUAAGAAAAAAAUUAAAGACAAACAGAAAAAACAAGUAACGACGGCAACUACUACGCCUAAAGUACCUGUGACGCCUGCAUACACAGCUAAAGCUAAUAAUAUUGCGGAGACCAUAGCGGGUAGCGGAGGGCCGCGCGGUAAGACGGGCGGUAAGCGCGGCGCCGCGGCCUCCGCCGGCGGCAAGGGCAGUGCGCGCGCGCCGCCGCCCGCCGCCAAGAAGAAGAGCUCCGCCGCCGCGCCCGCCGCCGUCGCGCCCCAUCCGCCGCCGCACAACGACUCUGACGAGGAGGACGUCGCCAAGCCCAUGUCCUACGACGAGAAGCGACAGCUCUCUCUAGACAUCAACAAACUACCAGGUGACAAGCUUGGUAAAGUGGUGCACAUCAUUCAAAGUAGAGAGCCGUCACUACGAGAUUCCAAUCCAGAUGAAAUUGAGAUAGACUUUGAAACACUGAAGCCAUCUACUCUUAGAGAAUUAGAAAAUUAUGUAGCAUCCUGCCUUCGAAAAAAGACGCACCGCAAAGUGUCUGGUAAAUCAAAGGAUGAACAAAUGGCAGAGAAAAAACAAGAACUGGAGAAAAGACUACAGGAUGUCUCAGGGCAAUUGGGAACCAAUAAAAAACAACAACAGAAAAAAGAGGGCUGCAAGGAGGCGCUGGGUGGCGGCAUGUCGUCGUCGUCGAGCUCCUCGGACUCGUCCAACUCGUCGUCCAGCACCGACACCAGUUCCUCCGACACCAGCGACAGCGAAGCAGGAACGGGUUCCGGCAGAACGCCUAAAAAGAAAGCCAAAAAGCUGCCACAUCAACUUCCGCAACCAAAUAAAACAGCAUCAUCUACGGGAGCGAACUCUGCGCCGCCCCCUAGCGCGGCGCCGGACGCGGUGCCGCCCGCGCCCGCCGCGCACGCGCACGCCGCGCACGCCGCGCACCCCGCCGCCGACGUGAAGCCCUCCGCGCCCGCGCCCGCCGCGCCGCCCGCGCACACCGCCGAGCCCGCGCCACAGGCGCCGGCCGAACACAACCACCCACCCACACCGCCGCCUUCUUUACCAUUGUCGGCCGCUCUGACGACGCUUCCCACCAAUAAUGUUCCUGAUUCCUCGAUAGUGCCUGUUGCGCGCGAUAUCGAAGAUCAGAAAAUGACUGUUAAAUCGGAAUCACGAAAUGGUCUUGACAAAGUAGAAACCUCACAUUAUAUAGACCCUAUUGAGCGUAACCUGGCUAGCUUAGAACGUAGUUUGAAUGCAGACGUGCCGAAUCCAAUGGAUGUUAGCGUAGGAGUAUCUGAGUCGUCGAUGCGACUUGAAGAAGAUUUUGCUUUGCCUAAACCGCAAAUUAUGCCGGAUGCUGCACAUCAGAAUCUUAUGGCUCAACUAGGCGGACUCACAGAAGUCGCUCGUGUACCCGAACAAAUCAAGACAGAUAUGUACCUACCCUCUCACAAUGGUUUUGUAGAAAAAAAUUUACAACAUGAGCGUGAAUUAUUACGAGGUGAUGUAAAUCCUAAUAUUCCAGGCAUUACGAGUGUUCCUCCUGUCCCUUCCAUAUUCGACCCACUGCCUACAGCACCACAUCCUAUAAUAUCACAAUCGCAUCACAACUUACCUAAUGCACCGUGUUUGAUGACGCCAGCAAUAAAGAAGGAAGAUAUGAAGCCUUUACUUACGCCGAAACCCAUUGAAGACCUAAUGGGCGUCAAUGUGACGAAUAAUAUAUCCGACAGGACAAAAUAUGAAAUGGAAAAGAAAAUCGAGGAUUCUAAGAAUGCCAAUUUUGCUCAACCUUUUAAAGUGAAACAAGAACAGAAUUUAAAGAACGCGAGUUCAUGGUCAUCCUUAGCGCAAGCCGGUAGCCCUCAAAGCAUAUUACCUAACAUGACCACUAAUAAUCAAAUUAAACAAAAACCUGUUAUGGAUAGUUUCCAGGCGUUUAAAAAGCAAGCAAAGGAAAAAAUCGAUCGCCAACGGGCGCUCAUAGAGCAACAGGAGCUCAGAAAAAAGGAACAGCUUGAACGUGAACGUCAAAGACAAGAGACUGAGAGAAGGCAUCCAGAUGAAGAUAAAAUGAGGGCGGCAGCAGGAGCGCGCGGCGUGAAGGCGGAGAGCGCGGAGGUGUCGUCGCCGUCGGUGUCGCCGGUGGCGCGCGCGUCGCCGCCCGCCGCGGCCGCCGCAGCCGCUGCCGCCGCCGCCGCCAGCGACAAACCCGCCGCCUCCGAGCGCGAGCGCCUUCGCCAGCGCGAGCAGGAGCGCCGCCGACGAGAGGCUAUGGCGGGCCAGAUAGAUAUGAAUAUGCAAAGCGAUUUGAUGGCUGCGUUUGAAGAAUCGUUGUAAUGUAUUUUGUGAAUGAAACUACUCCGUGUACAUAUUAUGAGCUAUACUUAUAAAUAUUAUGUCAAUGCAAUUAAAAUGGUGAUAACGUGACACCGAGGUGAUUUUGUGUCGUCUUGUGCGUGAAACAGUUGAUUAACAUGUGGUUAAGUGCUGUGAAUAGAUAUACUUGUCUUAAAUUAAACUGUUGUACCAACACUAUAGAUAUUGUGCUCGCGUAUUUGAGCCUUAUUAGAGGGUUGCAUUUUAAUGAAUAUGUAUUAUAAGUUUGUAUCUAAGCUCUUGAAGUGAAACAACUCUCUUUACAUCAGUAAGACUAUAUUUAUAUUGCGCUGUAGAGGUGAGUUCUACCUUCCAUAAGUAAUACUUGUUUUAUAGUAUGUACCUACUAAUAAUUACUAAGAUGGUAGACAUUAAAAUUGAAAAAUAAAUCAAACAUGUAAUUGAUGGUUAGGCAAUCAAUUGAACCAUGAAAUCUGUAUCUACCUUUGACGCAUUUUCUCAUUGCAUGCCUUAUCAUUUAUCUAUCCGCAGACAACUAGGUGACUAGUAAUAAUUGUAACUGUUUCUGUCGUUCUUGUUUCCCUUUUAUUUCACAUGCAAUGAGUGAAAACGUUUUUAUAUUUAUUAAUAAAUGGAAUUUCUGUUACAUAUUCAAUUUUCGAUGAAUAUUACUUAAUGUUAGUAGAUUUUUUUAUCAGUCUGUCGUUUGAAAACAGAUCAAAUGUCAUACAUUUGAUUUGAAAUAUAUUUAUUUUAAAUUGGAAUGUCUUUUUAUGUUUGUAGAUAGAUAACUCCAGUGAAAAUAUGUAGUAAAAUAAUAUCCAAAUUCAGCAUAUUUGUGUAAGGUAAUGGCAUGCGGAAUAAAAUAAUAUUACCAAUAUCAAGCUACAAAAUGAUCAUUGUAUAUUGUUAAUAAGUUUAUAAUUUCAGUCAUUUACUCCAACUCCAAAUCAAAUGUAGAUAAUGAAGUAAAAUAUAUUGACAUUCCAUAUUGUAUUUUGUUGUUUAAAUUGUUGUCAGUAUGAUUUUAGUGAACAUUGUUAGAUUGUACUAGGGAGGCUUGUGGUUAACAAGUGUACAGGGUAGACUGUAACUAGAAUAAUGCGCUAUGUGCGUUUCUUUUUGACUUGAAACAUUUUUAAGGAAUUGAAAUUGAAUUUUUAUCAGAAUUAUCCAAAAUGACGCGUUCUCCAUAACUAUUAAAAUCAAAAAUUUCUUUAAACAUAAUGUUUUUAAUUCUAAAUAACAAAUACUUUUUGUAAUAAGACUGGAGAAAUUGUUAAUUAUUCUUUCAUCUCUUAACGACCGGGUAUAAUAUGAUUCGGAAUUUGUUCUGAAAAAGAUUAUUUUUGUUAACAAUAAAAUGAUAGACGAAAUUUCUGCAAAGGA